AUGGCCGGCAUCCACCGGGCGUCGCCGGCGGCGGCGGCGGCCGCCGCCGCCGCCGCGGCCACCCCUCCCAUCCCCUGCCGCAUGUUCAGCUUCAAUGGCACCCAGGUGCGGGUGGUGGCGGGCACACGGCCGGGCCUGCAGCCCGACGCCCCGGGCGACGGGGCCUGGCCGUGGCAGCUGCUCAUGGCGCCGGGGCUCUUCGCCAGGCUGGCGGCCGGGGCGCCGGGCCCGCUUUUCCUGGCCGUCGGCGGGUUGGUUCUCUGGGCACGGCCCGACCCGCGGACCACGGGCGGCUCGGUCCUGCUGGGCCACGAUGUGGCUGCCCUCGGCCCCGGCGAGGGGCCCGUGCUGGAGGCGCGGCGCUUCGAGCCGGUCGAGCUGCUGGCCGCCUGUCUGACGGUGUCCAUGCCGCGGGGCGCGGAGCCGCGGCGGAUCCCCCUGGCGGCGCUGGAUGCCCAGCGGCUCCUGGUUGGGCGCACGCAGGGGCUGGCCAUUUCCGAGAUCCUCCGGCUGGCCAUCGAGGGGCGCAGCGCGGUGGAGCUGGCCGCGGUCGAACUCCGGGCGGCCGAUGGCCGCGCCGUGCCCACCGGCAUGGUGACCCCGGCCACGACGGUGACGCUGGUUGCCGGCCCGGGCGUCCAGCUGCCGGGCGCGCCGGUGACCGUGGCCCUCUCGGUCGGGCGCCCCCGGCCGGGCGACGCCGACUCGGCCCCAUACCCGCGGCAUGUGACCCUCACGAGCAUGUACCAGGCCCCUCACGACCUAGAUGUGCUGCUGGCGCCGGCCGGCGAGGCGGUGGCCCGGGCGCUGGCCCGGUCGGCCCCGGCCGGGGGCCCCUUUUACGUUCGGCACCAGGACCGGGUGCUGGAAGUCCGGAUCUGCCCCCGGCCGACCGUGCCGGGGAUCGCGCUCCGGGCGAGCGUCCGCGUUGCGGCGUCGCUGGGGUCGGGGUCGGAUGGGCGGCCGGUGGCGCUGGACGUGUGCGAGGCGCCGCCGGCGGUGGCGGUUGCCUGGCUCGAAACCGACGUGGCCCUCUGCCCGGCGCGCCGGGCGCACAUGGUGGCCGAGCUGAUUGGCGCCCCGCUGACGGCGGGCCAGAUCUUCCGCUGGGCCCCGUCGGACGCCCUGGUGCGGGUGGUCCGGCUGAUGGACCGGGACUUCCGGGGCAUCGGCGCCGGCCAGGCGGGGGCCUUCGCCGCGGAGACCGUGCUCUUCAUGCAGACGGCCUCCGGGCCCGGCGAGCAGCCGCACCACUUGGUGGUGGUGCCGGAGGCCCCGGCCGGGGAGCGGGCCCUCCUGCUGGCCUCGGUGCCCAUGGACCGUGCGCCCGGCACGCUGCUCGUGUCGGAGGCGGCCUUUUCACGGCUGGCCGGGCCGGGCCGGGCGCACCAUCGCGCCAUCCCCUUCAUCUGUCAGGGAGGGCUCCUGAAUGUGCGGUGCGUGUGA